AUGGACGACAUAGAGACCCAGAAGCUGCUCGCAGACCGGCGCCGCUCCUCUGAGGAGGACAAUGUGGCUGCCAACCAGCUGCAUUUAAACGCCAAGGGUUUGGAGGUUUUGGUGGGCCCUUGGCAGGCAAAGAAUGAGCUGGGCCCCCGUACGCCCGCUUAUGGUGGUAGGGGGGCGCUUAUGGAGGAGGCCAGGGAGCAGAUCAGGGUGGCGGCGCCGAUUGUGGGCAUGAAUGUGGUGCAGAUGCUAUUGGUGCUGACAUCAGCGGCGUUUGUGGGCCACGUCGGGGCGCUGGCGCUUGCGAGCUGCCAGCUGGCAACGUCGCUGGCGAGUGCAACCGGGCACUAUUUGUUGUACGGCAUGGCUCUCGGGCUCGAAACCCUCGGCGGGCGCGCGUUCGGCGCGGGACAGCUGUCAGAACUGGGGCACGCCACGUACCGCUGCCUCCUCCUCCUCACGCUGAUCGCUGCUGUCGUCAGCCUGUGCUGGCUGCAAGCCGAGCGCGCGCUUAUUUUCCUGGGCCAAGAAAAAACGCUCGCGCAGGUUGCGGCACGCUACAUGCAUUUAUUGAUCCCCAGCCUGUUUGCCAACGCGUGGACGCAGCCGCUGCUCAAGUUCCUGCAGUCGCAGGGCGUCACGGCGCCCUUGGCCGCCUGCUCCGUGGUCGCCCUCCUCUUCCACGUGCCCAACAACUGGUUCUUCGUCCAUUACCUUGGGUGGGGUCUCGACGGCGCGGCGAUCGCCACCAGCCUGGCGUACAGCAUGAUCUUCCUGUGCCUGGCGGGACACGUGUUCACCUCUCCCCGUUACGCGAAGGCGCGGCCGCGGUUUUCGUGGGCGAAGGCCACCAGCGGAUGGACGGCCCAGAUACGGCUUGGGGUGCCAUCGACGGUCAUGCUGUGUUUGGAGUACUGGGCUUUCGAUGCGCUCUACCUCAUGUGCGGCAUGCUUCCGAACCCUUACCUCCUCGUCUCCGGGCUCUCCGUUGCCAUGAACACGGCGUGGCUCAUGUCGAUGACGUACGUUGGCCUGGGGGCGGCCACGAGCACUCGCGUCGCCGCGGAGCUGGGCGCUCGCUCCGCGUGCGGCGCCAAGACGGUCGCGCGCGUCGGCCUGUCGCUCGCGGCCGCGCUCGGGGUGACGGCCUUCGCCAUGAUCCUGGCGUCCAGCAGAUGGCUGCCGUUGAUCUUCGUCGAAUCGACGAACGGGGAGCUGCUGCGGCUGACGUCAGCGCUGAUGGCGUGCGUGGCGGGGCUGAGCAUCGUGGACAGCGUGCAGAACAACGCCGGGAGUAUCCUCCGCGGCUGCGGCCGCCAGAGCCUGGGUGCUGGCGUCACGCUGAGCAGCUACUACCUGGUCGGGCUCCCGUCGUCCGCCUUACUGGCGUUCCACCUCGGGUUUGGGGUCUGGGGUCUUGUGGGCGGCCUCUGUUUGGCGGUCCUGACCCAAGCCACGUGUCUUACGACCCUUAUCGUACGGACAGACUGGAAACACCAGGUGGAGAGAGCAACCGCGUCGGUCGCUGAGCUCAGCGGGAUCGAGGCCCUGCCCCUGUUUGACGAGAAACCGCCCCCGCCCGCUUCCAACACCGCACAAUCAUCCCUAGAAGCCAAAACAUAA